ACUUCCGGUUAGCCGAGCCGCUCAUGUGCAGCCCGAAGGGAAGUAACGUCACCCUGCGCAGUGGCGCCGGACUGAAGGAGCUUGUACAACAUGUCUCAUCUACCGAUGAAACUCCUGCGGAAGAAGAUCGAGAAGCGGAACCUCAAAUUGCGGCAACGAAACCUAAAGCUACAGGGGGCCUCAGAUGUGAGCCUGUCAGAAACUCAAAAUGGAGAUGUGUCUGAAGAAACAGUGGGAGGUGGAAAAGUUAAAAAAUCCUUAAAGCAGUCUAUGAAUAAGGGCGUGUCAGAAGUCCAAAAUGGGGAUAUAUCUAAAGAAACAGUGGAAAAUAUAAAGAUUCAAAAAUCCAAGAAGUCUACCAUAUUAACCAACGGGGAAGCAGCAACACAGCCUCGCAAUUCAGAAUCGAAGAAGAAAAAGAAGAAAAAGAGAAAAAUAGUAGAUGAUGCUGGGCCUGAUACCAAAAAAGCAAAAACUGAAGACAAAGAGAAAUCUGAAGACAGUGUCCAGACUCCUGAAGAAACAGGAAACAGUGCGGAAAAGCCAGAUGAUGAAGAAGGGGACAGUGAGGUGCCCAGCCUGCCACUGGGACUGACAGGAGCUUUUGAGGAUACCUCAUUUGCUUCUCUAUCUAAUCUUGUCAAUGAGAACACUCUGAAGGCAAUAAAAGAAAUGGGCUUUACAAACAUGACUGAAAUUCAGCAUAAAAGUAUCAGACCACUUCUGGAAGGCAGGGAUCUUCUAGCAGCUGCAAAAACAGGCAGUGGCAAAACCCUGGCAUUUCUCAUCCCUGCAGUUGAACUCAUUGUUAAGUUAAAGUUUAUGCCCAGGAAUGGAACAGGAAUUCUUAUUCUCUCACCUACUAGGGAAUUGGCCAUGCAGACUUUCGGUGUUCUUAAAGAGCUAAUGACACAUCAUGUUCAUACAUAUGGGUUAGUAAUGGGUGGCAGUAACAGAUCUGCUGAAGCACAGAAACUUGCUAAUGGGAUCAAUAUCAUUGUGGCUACACCAGGCCGUCUCCUGGACCAUAUGCAAAAUACUCCAGGGUUUAUGUAUAAAAACCUACAGUGUCUGGUUAUUGAUGAGGCUGAUCGUAUUUUGGAUGUUGGAUUUGAAGAGGAGUUAAAGCAAAUUAUUAAACUUCUGCCAACACGCAGACAGACCAUGCUCUUUUCUGCCACACAAACUCGAAAAGUUGAAGACCUGGCAAGGAUUUCUCUGAAAAAGGAGCCGUUGUAUGUUGGUGUUGAUGACGAUAAAGCUAAUGCAACAGUUGACGGUCUUGAACAGGGAUAUGUUGUUUGUCCUUCUGAAAAGAGAUUCCUCCUGCUCUUUACGUUCCUUAAGAAGAACCGGAAGAAGAAACUAAUGGUCUUCUUUUCAUCCUGUAAGUCUGUGAAAUACCACUACGAGUUGCUGAAUUACAUCGAUUUGCCUGUCUUGGCCAUUCAUGGAAGGCAGAAGCAAAAUAAGCGUACAACCACAUUCUUCCAGUUCUGCAAUGCUGAUACGGGGAUAUUGUUGUGCACAGACGUGGCAGCUAGAGGGCUGGACAUUCCUGAAGUUGACUGGAUUGUUCAGUAUGACCCUCCAGAUGACCCCAAGGAAUAUAUUCAUCGUGUGGGUAGAACAGCCAGAGGCCUAAACGGAAGAGGGCAUGCCUUGCUCAUUUUGCGCCCUGAAGAAUUGGGUUUCCUUCGAUACUUGAAGCAAUCUAAGGUUCCAUUAAGUGAAUUUGAGUUUUCCUGGUCCAAAAUUUCUGACAUUCAGUCUCAGCUUGAAAAAUUGAUUGAAAAGAACUACUUUCUUCAUAAGUCAGCUCAGGAAGCAUAUAAGUCAUACAUUCGAGCAUAUGAUUCCCAUUCUCUGAAACAGAUCUUUGAUGUUAAUAACUUAAAUUUGCCUCAGGUGGCUCUGUCAUUUGGUUUCAAGGUGCCUCCUUUUGUUGAUCUGAAUGUGAACAGUAACGAAGGCAAGCUUAAAAAGAGAGGAGGAGGUGGUGGAUUUGGCUACCAGAAAACCAAGAAGGUCGAGAAGUCCAAAAUCUUCAAACACAUUAGCAAGAAGUCAUCUGACAGGAGGCAGUUCUCUCACUGAAGAAGACACACCUUCUUUUCACUUUGAAGAGCUCUGACCUGAAAUGGAUUUUUUUCCCUUGCUCUAACAAGGGAAUUUUUGUAGCUUUAGGGUUUGGACUGAUGUAACAAGCAUAAAUUGACUUGGGUUGCAAGCACUGACCACUGAUAUUUCCUGCAGGUCUCUUUUAUUUUGGGGUUAUAAACAGUUCAUUUUUUCUUGAUUCCUCAAGGACAAAGCAGAAGUAUCUAUCUUUUUGGUCUUGGUUAUGAUGAUAGAAUGUUUUAAGCUUAUAAAUUCCCCCUUAUUUGUCAUUAUUUUAAUAUAAUUCAUUUUUUAUCUUUUUUCCUGGUGUCUGAAGAUUUUUGUGGCACAGAUAGCUCUACGAACCUGCUGUGAAAGGCUGAUGAUCUGGUACACUGGACAGGUGGUGGUGGUGGUAAAGCAGGAAAUUGUGUCCAUUUAUUUUGGGAGUUUGGUUGUUUCUUGGACCUUAGUGGUAGUUCUUGACCGCUCCUGAAAAUGCUGCCAUGUAAAGAGGAACAGGGCUUUUGGAAAUAUCUAAGAAGCAUCUUUACUUAAAGGAGGCAUCGAUUUUUAUAUAUGCCAGAUUUUAAAACAGUGAGCUUUUCCCAAUUUCAUUAUUUUAAGAACAGGAAACAUGGGUGGUGGUUAUUUGAAUAAAGCGCCCCUAGUGGUUCUGACAUUUGGAGUUGGAGGAGGUUUGAGAUUUUUGAGCCUCAUUUACACCAGUGUAGGUGCAAUAGUCCAUGUGGUAACUUAGCAAAGACUUUAAAAAAUUUAGGCACAAAGAGUGGUGACUCUCAUUCAAAUUUUUUGUUUCACGUGGUUUGGAUUUUAGCAAGCCCUUGUAACUGCAGAGUACUCUAGAAGGCAAAGCAUCUUUUUGAGAAAAAAAUUGCCCCUUUUAGAUUUGUGAAACAGAUUUACAGUGAGAAUUGAAAAUGAACAGAAGUCGGAAAGGGAAGCAAAGGCAGGAGUUUAGUCAGAUGGAGUUUUUUGUUGUAGGAUCUCUUGAUUUCUACUUUGUUUUAAGUGUUUUAUGUUUUUAGAGUGUUUCAUAACUACAAAAUGGUUAAAUUUUGUAGCGAUUUAAAACCAAAGUUGCUAGCAUCGUAUUGCUAUUAUGCCAGUUAAUAUUCAUAGAUUUCUGUUAAAUGCAGGUACAUGUAGAACCUCAAAUGUAGAGGAGAGAGUCUAAUAGAUAGCAUUCCAGAAGGUAGAGAAAAGAACAGUAUUCUGCAGCGGGACUCAACCACUGUCACCCUAACUGGACCUAUUCUGAGUUUCAUACCUUAAUUGCUGUACUCUUGACAUUUAAGAACCGUUUCUCUAUCCAGUGACAUGUUUUUCUUUUUUGUUUGAGAAAAAAAUCAUGCUUCAAGAAAUAGGCAAAAGCAAAGGGAAGAAUAAUCACUGAACAGAAAUUCUCUGCAUAUUUUGGUAUAUAACCUUCCAGUGUUUUGUAUACAUACUUUUUAAAUUUUUUUUUUAUCAAAAAUGAAAUGCUCUACCCACCAUUUGUGAUCAGCUUGUUUAUAACAUGUUAUUUUCCUGUGUCAUUAAAUAAUUACAUCAAUUUCGUA